AUGGCUGCUGAUAAGGGGGCUACAGCUCAGCAACAGCAACAGCAGCAGCAGCAGCAGCAGCAGGCGGGGCCGCAGCAGGAGGAGCCCAAGCCGCAUAUUCAUUUGCCGCCACCGCAGCAGCAGCAGCAACAGCAGCAGCAGCAUGGUGGACAGCAGCAGCGGCAGCAGCAACGGCAGCCUUGCGCCCUCUUGUGCCACUUCCUUCCCUAUGUCCUGGGGCCUCUAGUGCUGCUGGUUUUCUUCAUAUCUGUCUUUGCAGUUUACUACGGUGUUACACCCCCACAUCGCCGCAGCAGCAAGUCAGGCACCUCCCCUCAAGGGCCCAACGAAGCAGCGGGGGGCCCCUCCUCUCACGGCGCAUGGGGCCCCCUCAGUGCUGCAGGCAACGCUUACCCCUGGGGCUCAGCAUCAGCAAGGGCAGCUGCUUGGCUUGAAAGGAAACAAUACCAGGGGGCCCCCUUUGAAAGGGGUGUGGGGUUUUCUAUAGGGGGUGAGGGGGAGGUAGUAGUACGCAGCUCUUUCUCUUCUAUUAUCACAGGCCGCCUUAUCUCUUUUCCUUUAAAUAAUUCAGUAGACCCCAGAACACAGGUAAAACCUUUUGCUUGUCUUGUUGUUCUUGUCAUUGAUGGAGACACCCUACGCUGUGUCCCCGUUGCCUCGGAUGCUGAGGUGUACGUACACCUCAGUCCGCAGCAGCAAAAGAGCCUCGCGCCCAUUAAAGCUACACUCGAGACCCCCACUGAGGUGUACGUACACCGCAAGACCCCACCGCAGCUGGAGCUGACUCCCUGGAAUGCCCGCUGCUCUCCUUUGUCUGCAUGCACUCUAAAGAUUCGCCUCUACGCCAUAGAUGCUCCUGAAAUGAGGAAAGAGAGGAGAAGGGGGGCAGCAGCACUAGCAGAAGCAGAAGCACCAGAAGCAACAGCAGCAGCAGCAGCAGCAGCAGGGGAAGAGUACGGGUCUAUGCACUUGGACGCAGGCGGGCAGCCGUUAGGUGUAGCAGCAGCAGCAGCAAUGGCAGAGAUGCUGUUGGGGCGUGUGGUGCUGGUGCAGCCUCUGCAGGAAGAUAGAUAUAGGCGUCUCCUUGCGCGCGUAUUGCUGCCUUCUGUCUCCUCAGAAGAGACAGAAGGGGCCCCUGCCUACUUGGCCUUCAUUUUUUCUCUGGUGGAGCGUAUAGGGAAGCUGCCUAUAGCAGAGCCCAGACCCACUGCUGUUGCAGCAGCAACAGAGAGAGGCCGCCCUCGUACUUCUCGUAGAAACUCUCUUAGUAGAGGCGCCACUAACAGAGCAGAUAAAAAUACAAGACCCACUGGGGCCCCAUCUAUAGAGAACUCAGCAGAUACAAAGGGGGGCCCCCCAGAGAGAAGGGUAUCGAGCUACAAGAGGGGCACCAAGGGGUUCCCCACGACGGGCCAGCUAAGAAGCCCUAUCGAACAGCCCACAGGGGCCCCCCAAGGGGCCCUCCAAGGGGCCCCAGAAGGAGCUCCUCAGAGGGCUCCUGAAGCCGCCCCUAAUGGGGCCCCUCCAGGAAGCCCCACAGGGGCCCUCCCUGAUGUCUCCAAGCCUAAAGCGUCUGUCUCGGGUUUGAGUCCGAGCCCUUCAGGUGCAAGUACCCCCUCUGUUGCAGCGGAGCUGCUACUGGAGUUGCUGGGGGCCCCCCAGGUGGAAGCUGACCCUUUUAUGGUGCUGGACUUGGCUAAAGAGGCGCUGCAGCAAGCUGCGGGGCCCCCUGGGAUCCCCGGUGUGCCUGAGGGGAAGAGAGAAGCAAAAAUGGUGCAACUGCUGGAGGAAGGGCAGCCCGUGCUGCUGCACGAUGUCGUUGAUGUGAUGCUGCGCCGCGGGCUGGGCUCCCUAUACACCGGAAGGGGGGCUGUUUAUGCGGGGCGUAAGCAGCAGCUGCGGCGGCAGCAGCAAGCAGCAAUUAACAAUAGAGAAGGAAUCUGGGGGCUUCCCCCAGCCUUAAGGGAGAGCCCAGCGCAGUAUAAACGAAGAAUGAGGGAGCAAGAAUUCAGCCUAUAUGGAGGCAGCAUAGAGGCUACUGAGCCUUGGGAGGCGCCCCCCAGGAGCUACCGACGUAGCAGAAGAGCUACUUCAUAUAGGGGGCGCCGUCUGCCCCACGAAGAUUGA